AUGAUCGAAACUUGUUUGGUAUUUGAUGCAAUUGCAACAGCAAAUAGAUAUCAGAUUGGUUCAUCUUAUCCAUGUUGGUACGAUACGAAAAAUUCAUUAAUGAUUCAAUGGGAACAACCAAAUUCUAUUGCUGGUCUUGUUCUAAUAAUUCCUACCAUCAUUUCUUUUAUUCUUACAUAUAAAUUUUGUAAACAAAUUAAAAGACAUCAAACGAAACAGGAUGAUUUUCAAAUUUAG